AUGGAGGCAUUCGCAGAUUUGGACCUCAGAGUGGGCUGGGAUUUGAAGGCUCUUCACGGACUGGUGGAGAUGGCUGCUCACCUUGGAUAUUCAGUUGCCGUCAAUCAUAUUGUUGGCUUUAAGGAAAAGAAACAGGAAAUUGAAAAGCCAGUAGCAGUUUCUGAACUCUUUACAACUUUACCAAAUGUACAGGGAAAAUCAGGACCGAUUAAAAUUUUAACUAGAUUGACAAUUAUAGUGACAGAUCUGUCUCACUAUAAUAUUUUCAGAGCAACUUCUUCAAGAGUCUGGCUGUAUGAUAUUGUUGCACUGUUUCCAAAGACAGAAAAACUUUUUCAUGUUGCUUGUGCACAUUUAGAUGUGGAUUUAGUCUGUAUAACUGUAACAGAGAAAUUACCAUUUUACUUUAAAAGACCCCCUAUUAAUGUGGCAAUUGACCGAGGUCUGGGCUUUGAACUUGUCCAUGGACCUGCUAUCAGAGACGCAACGAUGAGAAGGUACACAAUUUCCAAUGCCCUCAAUUUCAUGCAGACCUGCAGAGGAAAGAAUGUAAUCCUGUCCAGUGCUGCAGAGAGGCCUCUGGAAAUCCGAAGACCAUAUGGUGUGGCGAACCUAGGGCUACUAUUUGAGCUGUCUGAAAGUGAAGCCAAGGCUGCAGUUUCCACUAAUCGCCUAGCUGCAUUUCGCCACGAAGAAACUAAGAAAACUGCUUUGGGGAUUAUUUCUACAGUGAAAAAACGUCAGCCAUCAGAAGUGGAUGAUGACUGUCAACCAGCUUGCAAGAAAGCUAAAUGUGAGGGCUGA